AUGAGUAAAGAAAUUUCAAUUCCUCAUUUAUGUCAAACAAGUUAUUGGGAUUGUGGUGUAACGUGUGUUCGAAUGGUAUUGUCAUAUUAUAAAAUAGAUUUGAAUUUAUUUGAUGCUUUAUUAUCCGAAUAUAACUGCAAUAAAAGUACAUGGUCCAUUGAUUUGUUAAAUAUGUUGUCUUAUUUGCAUGUUCGAUCAAAACUAUCCACAAUAACUCUUGGUUGCUCUGAUAAUUACGCAUCAGUACCCUAUUAUAAAAACAUAAUUGACAAAGAUCGUCAACGUGUUGAAGAAUUAUUUUCGAAUCAGAAAUUGAAUUUUGAAAAAUGUUCAUUAGAAUGGUCCAAUAUCAAGUUAGAAUUAGAUCAAAAUAAACCUUUUAUUGUUCUUAUUGAUGCUAAUAAGUUAUCAUGUAUAUGUUGUACAUCGAUAGUCGGUAGAUUGAUAUCAAAAGUUUGGUCAUCGUCCUACCAGGGACAUUAUAUUGUAGUAGUAGGAUAUCAGAUAGAUGAGAAACAGACAGAAUAUGUUUUAUACAAAGAUCCUGGAAGCACAGAGUGUUUAUGUAAAACAACAAUUGAGAAUUUUGAUCGAGCAAGAAAAGCAUUUGGAACAGAUGAAGAUAUUAUUAUUUGUGAAGGAUUAGAGUCAGAUAAAUAG